GCCUUUCCUCCGAGUGCGGCCACGGCCCUGCUCUACUGCGGCCUGGUGACCGUCUUCUUCGCGGCCAUCAAGCUGGUCAGCUACCGCCUGCACCUCAUGUUCGACCAGGGAGAGGUGGUGCGCCCCAGGCCCCCGGGGGCGCGGGAGAAGCCGCAGGGCGAGCCCCGGCCGGCCUCAAGACUCCCAGGUGGGCCCCGGGGCCGCGUCCCGGACCCCCGGCGGCCCCAGCGCCCCGGCCCGGCCGAGCCCGAGGCCCGGGCCCGCGGCACGGCGACGGCGGGCUCCUGCCCCGCCCCUCCGGCACCCUCACAGCACCAAGAAGGUGGAGACCCCCGGGAGCCGCCCCACGCCGCCCCUCCACGGCCGCUCCGGAGCACAGAGCGUCCACUCCCGCCCGUCCUCCGGGCUCUCGCCCCAGUGGGUGGCCUCUUCGGUUUCCGUCCACCCAGCGCGGCGAGUGGCCGGUGCCUCCCGCGCCAGCUCCCUGCCAGAGACCCCUUGAGAGGGGUCCCCUUCUCCACCCCUGCCUGCCGCCCCCCUGCCUGCUGCCCCAUCCUCCCUGCCCACUCCCUGCCUGCCGCCCCUGUGCCAUCGUCCUUGUCCCGCUUUGGUAGCUGGGUUGCCGGGGGAGCGCUGCGCUCCGGCUGCCUCUCUGCCCAGACGCCCCGGGCCGCAGCGCGGCUGCCUUGGCUGGGCGUCGCCUCCCUCGGGGGCCAUUCUGGGGAAGGGCGGUGCCCGGCCGCGCGGACGCUGGAGGAGUUGUUGGCUUUGUCUCUGUUUCAGCGGGAGUCCGCGGUGCGGGGGACGGCGGAGGAUCUCAAAGCGAAAGCUCUGCUGGGUGGCGCUGUCAGACGACCACGCCGAGCCGCCGCCGUCCUCCGCCUCCCCCGGGACCGCGGCGAGGAGCCCCCCCGCCUCCCCGUCCCCCGGACCCACCGGAGCCGCGAAGGCCCACGGGGAGCAGCCGCGCCCGGCCCGCCACGGGUCCCAGGGCGGCUUGGAGGACCCCGGCGCCCCGAGGACGCCGCCACGGCGGGUCCUGGUCCCAGUGUGACCUGCCCCGCCCUCCGUGGGGCGGGGGGAAACCCGUGCCGGGCCCCGACCCCGAGGCGGCGGGGGAGCGGGACGGCCGGAGCAGCGGCUGCCAGCGGCGUGACACCGAGGCCCAGGACGGCUCCGGCAGCCAGGGGGCGCUGGCCCUCGCCGAGGGCCCCCCGGCCCGGGGACCCGCUGAGCCUGCGUGAGCCCAUUAGAAUCGUGGUCACCACGAGCAGCACCCCGCACUCCGCCAGUGACAUGGACAGCUCUCCGGACCUACGGGCCCCACGUGCGGGCGGGGACCCCGCGGUGCUCAGCUCUGACGCAGACCCCGAGCAGACCGGGCCCCCCGGGGCCACCCCGGUGCUGCCCCCGGACGGGGCCGGCGGUGGCGCCCGUCCCCACGGCCAAGGAAGGGAAGGGAUCCCAGAGGGCCGGGCGGCAGAGGCCCGGGGCCGGCGCGGGGCCGGGGCAUCGGGAUCUGGAGCUGGGCCGCAGGCCCCCGGGGACGCCGGCCCCGCCCCAGGGCCCGCGCCGGGCGGCCUGGACCCGGCCUCGUGCAGGAGCGGCCAGGAGAAGCGGCACGCCCGCGUGCUCAGCGUGGACAGCGGCACCGACGUCUUCCUGAGCCGGGGCGGCGCCGAGGGGGCCGGCGAGCGGGAGCGGCCCAUGCCCACCUCCAAGUCGGACCUGGAGGCCAAGGAAGGCCAGGUGCCCGACGAGUCCAACUUCCUGGAGUUCGUCUCCCUGCUGGAGUCCAUCAGCACGUCCCAGGCGGCGGCCCCCGCCCACAGCCCCAGGGGCGCGGGAGCCCGUGUGUCGGGCGGUGACUCCCCAGGGAGGAAGGAGGAGCCCCAGGCAGGGGAGGAGCCCGGUGGACCGGAUUCCAGGCUGGGACAGCCCGACGCGCCCAGCCGGCAGCCGGCCGGUGCCAGCCCCGCGUGCACGCCGCCCGCCCAGGCCGCUGCCCCUUUCCAGGGCAGCCGGCAGAGGCAGAUCGUGUACAGGGCCACCUCCCAGCAGGACAGCUCCGUCCUGCAGGUCAUCAGCGGGCCCGAGACCUCGGGGCAGGAGGAGAUGUCCGUGGACGCCAUGCAGGUCUUCAUCGAUGAGCGCGGGGAAAUCCGGUCCUGUUACUUGAAGUCCGGGAAGCAGAAGGAAGGCCCCGCGCAGCGCCCCGCGGCGACCGGCCGCGUCUCCCACGCCCGGGAGACGCGGGCCAGCUCCUCCAGCACCACCCCCUCCGGGAGCCCCGACCCGUCCUCGGGGGACCCGGCCGUCAGCGCCCUGCAACAGCAGCUGCUGCUCAUGGUGGCCCGGAGGACGCAGUCCGAGACGCCCAGGCACGUCAGCCAGGAUCUGGAAGACUCCUCGUGUUCUUCUGCACAAGGGAAAUUCAAUCGGGAGCAGUUCUACAAGUUCAUCAUUUUCCCUGGCAAGUGGAUCAAAGUGUGGUACGACCGCCUCACCCUGCUGGCGCUACUGGAUCGGACGGAGGACGUCAAGGAGAACGUGCUGGCCGUGCUGCUGGGCGUGCUGGUGUCCCUGCUGGGCUUCCUGACGCAGCGCGGCUUCUGCAAGGACCUGUGGGUGCUGCUCUUCUGCCUGGUCAUGGCCAGCUGCCAGUACUCGCUGCUCAAGAGCGUGCAGCCCGACCCCGCCUCACCCGUCCACGGACACAACCAGAUCAUCACCUACAGCAGACCCGUCUACUUUUGUCUGCUGUGCGGCCUCAUUUUGCUUCUGGACGCGGGGGCCGAAGCCACCCCCCCGCGCCUCGUGGUGUACGGCCUGAGGCUCUUCUCUCCGCAGACCCUGCUGGUGGCCCGGGACGCCCUCAUCGGCUUUCUGUAUUGCUUCCCCGCGCUGUCCCUGCUGGGGCUCUUCCCGCAGAUCAACACCUUCUGCACCUACCUUCUAGAACAAAUCGACAUGCUGCUUUUCGGAGGCUCGGGUGAGUCGGGGACCCUGUCGGCGGUGUACAGCGUGGGGCGCAGUGUCCUGACGGCCGCGCUGCUCCACGGCCUGUGCUUCAGCGCGGGUGAAGGAUGGCAGCCUGUAACGCAGACAGCACACGCAGACCCCCUGGCCGUCCGCGAGCCCCGACAGUGA